AUGGCGACACAGACGCCCACACUCAGCGCCAUCGAACGACUGCCCCUCGAAGUCCUCCUCGCCGUCUCACAGCACCUCCCUCACCCGCGCCCGCUCAUCCACCUCGCCUCGGCAUCGCCCGCGCUCUACGCACAACUAGCGCCUGUCGUACACUCCGCCGUCACGCUCGCCACUCGCGCGCAGCUCGAUGCGUUCGUCGAUCAAGCACCUCGGGUCGUCAAGGCGCGCACUCGCCGACUUACACUCGACAAGUCCGCGCCACCCUGGUCCUUCGCCGACGUCGAACGCGCACUCGACGCAGUAGAAGAGCUAGACGCACUUCGCUUGACAGGCGUCGCUCUGUCGCUCUCAGAGACAGUGGCGCUCCUCGCCCAGUCGCGAAAAGCAGUCGCUUCGCUCGACUCGCUCGUCCUAGACUCUGCUCAGGCAAGUCCUGGAAAUGCACGCGCACACGCAUUGCUGCCCUGGACGAGCGACGGAGCGAGGGGUGAUACCCUCCCGUCCGCUCCUCCUGCACUCGCACGCACUCGGUCCCUCUCGCCCGCUCCCAAGCCGAGCCAGGGACCGGACUCUACUGCUGCCCCAGCGCACGUGCUGCUCCGAGCUUGCCUCGCGAACUGUCCGAGCCUGCGCAGUCUCCGACUCGCAAACUUGCCUUUGCCUGCUUCUGCUCUUUGCGAUACCUUCGAGGGGUCCGCGAGCUCCAGCAUUCGCAUGAGGGAUACGAGGUUGCACAAGUUGGAGUUGGAGGAGGUGCAUCUUGAGGAUGAGGACUUGCGGGAGGUGUUGAAGAUGGCGGAGGGAUCGCUCGAGGUGCUCAAGGUCGUCAAGUGCUCGGGAUACUCGGGCAACGGGCUCGUCGAGGCGCUCAAGAUGCACGGGAGACGGCUGCGCAAGCUCGAGGUCGUCGUUCCGGAAUCGACGUCGAUUCGACGGCCAUCUCCUCCGCCAAGUCCUCCCCGCUCUCCGCCUCACUCUCCAGUUCGCUCGCCUAUCCGCUUAGCUCCUCUACACCUCUCGAAUUCCCCAUACGCACUCGACGCCGCUCUCCCUCAUCUCCCAAACUUGACGCACCUCGCCCUCUCCGGCUCAGCGCUCGUCUCCCCCUCCACACCCGCCUCGCUUUCGACGACAACGCCGCACCUCCGCUCUCUCUCACUCUCGCAACACGCGCUCAUCAAGCCCGCGCACCUCAUCGCGCUCGUUCGCGACGGGUCAAGCCGACUCCCUCAUCUGCGACACCUCGCCCUGCACCCUCCCUCUGCUCCGACCGAUUCGGACUGCCUCCCGCCUUGUUCCUCCGACCACGACGAUCGCGCCAUCGCAGACCUGUGGACCGCCUGUCUCGCUUCGGACGUCGAACUCGUCGGUCCGCCGUUUGAGCGAGUGAAGGAGCGGUUGGAGUGGGCUACGACCGAGGCUGCGCGCGUGGCCGUUGCGGAUAGUCAGGGUGGGACAGGGAAGAGGAGGAAGCGGCCGUCGUUGGCUGUUUAG